AUGCUAAACAAAAGGACUAUAAGGUAUGCUGGGGAGCCACAGGCAGUAAAGGCGGUCAGGGGAUGCCCUCAAGGGGGAGUCCUGUCACCGCUGCUAUGGAACCUAGUGGUCAACAACCUCAUAACCAAACUGAACGAGGAACGCUUCUAUACAAUAGGUUACGCAGACGAUCUGACGAUCUUAAUAUCAAGUAAAUUUGCCAGUACAGUCUGCGAUCUCACUCAGUCAGCGCUUCGAAUUGUGGAACGCUGGUGCCGAGAAUUCGACCUAUCAGUCAACCCCACUAAAACAGAAAUGGUAAUGUUUACUAACAAAAGGUCUCUUGGCAACUUUACCAAACCAAAACUUUUCCAAGCUGAGCUAAAUCUAACAGAAGAGGUAAAGUACUUAGGUCUAACCCUCGACAGCAAACUCAGCUGGAACAACCACAUCAACAAACGAAUAGACAAGGCGGCAGUCGUCUUCUGGCAAUGCAGAAGGAUGAUCGGUAAGAGAUGGGGACUCAACCCGAAAAUCACCCUCUGGCUCUACAAGACGAUAGUCCGGCCAAUGCUCUGCUACGGUGCUCUGGUCUGGUGGCCAAGAACAAACCUAGGCAACGUGCGAGACAAACUACAAAGACUCCAAAGGCUCGCAUGUGCGGCCACCACUGGCUGCACGAAGUCUACUCCGACGGCAGCCAUGGAGGUCAUGUUGGGCCUUCCACCGCUAUACCUGCACAUACAGCAGGAAGCAAGCUUAUCAGCGGUAAGGUUAAAUACACUCAACAUCUGGUCUAACACAGGAGUUCUUCACACAAAAUGCCUGGAAAAAGUAUACGACGAAUUCCCAAUCCUCAGGUCAGGUACGGAUCGAAUUCAAAAACAUGUCAUCUUCGAUAAAAGGUACAAGAUACAAUUAUACGAGGACGACAACUACGAAGGGCUCAAUCCCAAGGAGCUUAGAAUCUUCACAGAUGGGUCGAAAACGGACAACGGGUCGGGCUCUGGGACCUUCUCAGAAGACCUGAACAUGUCGAUUACCACUCCGCUAGGAGCUCACAACUCGGUCUUCCAAGCUGAGUGCAUGGGCAUCAUUAACGCGGCAGCUGCCAUAACUGCAAGGAAGGUAGUAGGAUCCUCCAUCCGCAUACUCUCUGACAGUAGAGCAGUCCUUAUGGCUUUAAGGAGCCAUUUAAUUACAUCCAAACUCAUACACGAAUGCCAUAAACGACUAAUGGAGGUAAGUCAUAAAAACGAGAUCAUCCUACAAUGGAUCAAGGGACACAGCGGAUCCCGAGGUAAUGAUGCUGCAGACGAGCUAGCCAGGCAGGGGUCGAGUGCGGGGGCCAUUGGCCCAGAACCAAUUCUCCCGAUACCAUUCAGCAAGGUACGCUCAAUGCUACUAUCAUAUACAGGGAAACUACACACAGCACACUGGCUAAACCAGACUGGAUGCAGGUGCUACGGACAGUCCCCUGUGCCGAGGGUGACAGAGGAAACAGCUGCUCACGUGGUGCUGGAGUGCAGCGGGGUGGCUCCAUACAGGGCAAAAUAUCUCGGAUCUCCGAGAGACCUCCCCGAGGUCCUACUCAACAUCAAGGGUCUGAAUAUACUGGCAGGAGUCUGCUCGCCUAUGCGGCGAUGCGAGUCUGCACGCCUGAGCGGCGGUGCCAGUCUGCUCGCCUAUGCGGCGGUGCGAGUCUGCACGCCUGAGCGGCGGUGCCAGUCUGCUCGCCUAUGCGGCGGUGCGAGUCUGCACGCCUGA